AUGGCUUUUUCCCAGUUUGUCAAGAAUCGCUCCCUUCGCGCUAGGGACGAUAAGAGGACCAAGGCCGCCGAGUUGACACUGAGACAGUCCCUGUAUCCCAUCUGUCUGGUGACUGUACUGUUCUUCUUGUGGGGCUUUAGUUAUGGUUUACUGGACACCUUGAACAAACACUUUCAAAAUACUCUCGGGAUUGAUAAAACGAGAUCAAGCGGUUUGCAAGCGGCCUACUUUGGUGCAUAUCCCAUUGCAUCUCUCGGUCAUGCAAACUGGAUCCUUCGACAUUACGGCUAUCGUGCGACAUUCAUCUGGGGCCUCUUUCUCUAUGGCGUCGGUGCCCUGAUUGCCUUUCCCUGUAUUCAAGCUCGAUCCUUUGGCGGAUUUUGCGCCUCCAUCUUCAUCGUUGGCAACGGCUUGGGCUCUCUCGAGACAGCUGCGAACCCAUACAUAACUGUAUGCGGACCACCAAAGUAUGCCGAGAUUCGCAUCAACUUCUCCCAGGCCUUCAACGGCAUUGGGACCGUCAUCGCACCGGUACUGGGGUCAUAUGUCUUCUUCAACUUUAGUGACGAGGAGGCCCUGCGCAACGUUCAAUGGGUCUACGUCGCCAUUGCCAUCUUUGUUUUCAUCCUGGGCUUAAUCUUCUUCCUUUCAACCAUUCCCGAAAUCACGGAUGCAGACAUGGCGUUCCAAGCCGACGAAACGCAUGCAAAUGCCGACGAUAAGCCUUUUUGGAAACAAUAUCGCCUGUUCCAUGCUGCUUUUGCUCAAUUUUGCUACACUGGUGCUCAAAUUGCCGUGGCAAGUUACUUUAUCAAUUACGUGACGGAAAACGGUACCACCGACGAGUCCUCUCUAGGAUCCAAGUACCUCUCUGGUGCCCAAGCUGCCUUUACGGUUGGGCGAUUCGGCGGCGUCUUCAUCAUGAAGUACGUGCGGCCACGCUGGGUCUUUCUCAUCUUUCUUACCAUGUGCAUUAUCUUUACGGCACCGUCCAUCACGCAGCGGGGCAUCACGGGUAUGGCGAUGCUGUACGUCGUGCUCUUCUUUGAGUCCAUCUGCUUCCCAACCAUUGUGGCCCUGGGCAUGCGCGGUCUCGGUCGCCAUACCAAGAGGGGCUCUGGCUGGAUCGUUGCCGGUGUCCUGGGCGGCGCCAUUGUGCCGCCGCUCACGGGCGUCGCUGCCGAUCGUCACGGUACACCCCUGGCCAUGGUGGUGCCUCUCAUGUUUUUUGUCGCCGCCGCGUCAUACGCUCUGGCUGUCAAUUUCAUUCCGGCUUAUAGAAACCCCGCCGAUGCCUUUUCAACCACCGAGAUUGGACUCACGGAACAUCAAGACGAUGUUGAGACGGCGAACGGAGGCGUCAUUGCGGAGACCAAGGCCGUCGAAAAGGGUACAGAGGCAGAACACGUUAAAUAG